AGCAAUUUGAGGGCGGACGGUUAUCAGGAAGUACGUUUUGUAGUCCCCAGGUUGCAACAUUGCAAUAUAGAUUUUUAUAAACACAUGGUUUUAAUGGAUCACUUUGAAGAGGAUUUAGUUGCAGCAUUACGAGCAAUAGUCAAGGAUGGAAAUUGGCAAUGUGUAGGGGAUACAUUGAAUUUUGAGCAAACAUGUACAAAGCUGUAUUCUGAAGAUGGUGAACACAUAGUACUUGUCCAUACCGAAAAUGAUACUUUCUGGGCGAUGGAUUCCUCCUGCCCUCAUGAAGGUGGCCCCCUGGACCUGGGUGAUAUAGAGGACCUUGGGGAUGGAAAGCUAGCUCUGGUCUGCCCCUGGCACCACUUUGACUUCUGUCUGGAGACUGGGGUCUCCACUACUGGGCUGCAGAACCAGGUGUAUGAUGUCAGAGUGGUGGAAGACAAGGUGUAUGUGAACACACAGAAUUCCCUGUCCCUGACCCCCAUUCCAGUGGCAAAAACAGCCUCUAUAGGCCAAGUGUCACCAGAGAACAACAAGUUAUCUCCCUCUAAGGACACGCUGUGUUUCUGGGCAACCAAGAUUCUGUGUACUCCUGAUCCCAAAGAGAAAGUUAGCCUGACACUGGAGGUGCAGGAGCGGUGGUGCUCAGGAGGGAUAACGGAGGUGGGCCAGGCCACACCCCCAGCCCAGCCCAGCAGGAAGGACACCCUGACUGUGUUGCAGCCAGGGAAAAUCAAACGUGGCAAAGGAGGCACACAGGCCAGCAGGAUAGCUCUGCUCCAUUCCCUGGCUAACAUAGAGCAGUGGGCCAUCGACCUGUCCUGGGAUGUCAUCGCCAGAUUCUCCACAGUUCGACUGGACACUGGAGAGCCUCUGCCUCGACAGUUCUUCAGCGAUUUUGUCAAAGUGGCUGGGGACGAGGCCAAGCAUUAUCACCUGUUGGAGACGAGGAUCACAGAACUUGGGAGUUUCUUUGGAGCUUUGCCUGUACACAACGGACUGUGGCAGUCAGCGACAGAUACGUCACAUGACCUUCUAGCGAGGCUUGCUAUCGUGCACAUGGUGCAUGAGGCCAGAGGGUUAGAUGUCCACCCCCAGACUCUGUCCCGCUUUGCUAGCCAGGGUGACACAGGCUCUGUGGAUGUGCUGGAGGUGAUAUACAAAGAUGAGAUCACUCAUGUGGCAGCAGGAUUGCGGUGGUUCACUUACAUCUGUUCAGAGGAAGGCCGGGAUUGCUUGUCGAUGUUCCAUGACCUGGUAAAGCAGCACUUCAAAGGAUACCUGAAACCUCCUUUUAACACAGAGGGCAGGACGACAGCAGGGAUGACUGAGGAGUGGUAUGUGCCACUUGUCAAGCCACCAGUUUGACAGACCUCGCUGCGAGACACCAACUUUCCUGGGAAAAUGCAAGACAUCUCCAAAAUAAAGUUGCAUCUACAGUAUAGGUACAAUGUUACCAAGAAAUGCUAAAUCAUCUGUAAGAUAUUGUAAUGAAGCAAAAGGAUGUAAGAAGUACUGUAAAAAUGUGUUUAUGCAAAUACAAUUAUUUAUAUAUUUAA